GUGGUGGAAUCAAACCACCUACGUUUUCAAUCUCCUGGCGGAACUGGGAAUCGAACCCAGAUUGAAACGGGAUUGUAUGUUACAACGGGUGAGCGUUAUACCACAACGUCACGUGCUACCAUUACACCAUUCCACCAUCUUAGAUGGAAGGAGAUUAUUGAUGAGAGCAGCCGUAAAGGACAUUAUAUACCCUUGGAGAGGUUGCACGUGAUUAUCGACGACAACACAGCGAGUUGGAUACUGGACAACAACGAAUUAACGUCAACGUCCAGAGGGGUUCAAUAUAUCACUGGUAUUCUAUCAAUUGCGAAGAAUACAGAUAUAUUGACUCGUCUCUGAGACAAUACCAGGCAUCCGUAUUGAGUCUACGCAACAAAGAUCACCAUCUUAUAUCUUGUCGCCAAAACAACUACCCCUCCAUCAACCUCCACCGCCAACACUCCAACAUCAACAAAAUAUCAACAAAACACCCUCACCACACGCAAACCAUACGCAAAUCACAAAAACAGACACCUCACCCCAUCACACCACGCCUCACCACCACCAACAAUGCCCAAACCCAAACCCCCCUCCACCCCCUCCAUCCCCCAAACCCCCUCCUUCCCCCCCUCCCUCCCCCCCUCCCUAGCCUCCCCCCUCCCCCUCCCCACCCUCAUAGUCUUCGACCUCGACUACACCCUCUGGCCCUUCUGGGUAGACACGCACGCCUCCCCCCCCCUCAAGCCGCUCCUCUCCUCCACCACCCCCCCCUACACGCACGCCGCGCGCGACAAGCACGGCGAGGAAUUCAGUUUCUACCCGCAUGUGCCGGCGAUUCUGGCGGCGCUGGAUGCGCAUCCGAGGGUUAGGGUGGGUGUGGCGAGUCGGACGGGGGCGCCGGAGGUGGCGAGGGAUUUGUUGAGGAUGUUGCAGAUUCCGUGGUUUGAUGUACCUGUCCCUGCACCUCUUGAUGGAUCCACCACCGACGACGCCUCCUCGUCUGGUUCAACAUCCAAAAAAGCUCGGGAGAAAGAAAAAGCUAGGGAAAAGGCGUUAAACAAAGAGAGAGGCGCGGGAAGGGGGAAGGCUCGGAAAGCGAUCGAGUUUCUCGGACACAUGGAGAUUUAUCCGGGGAGUAAGAAGAAGCAUUUUACGCGGUUGAGGGAGACGACGGGGGUGGAGUUUGGGGAGAUGUUGUUUUUUGAUGAUGAGAAGAGGAAUAGGGAGGUGGAGGAGUUGGGGGUUACGAUGUGGUGGGUUCCGGAUGGGUUGGAUGGGGGGGAGUUUGAGAGGGGGGUGGGGGAGUGGAGGAGGAGGAGGGGGGUGGUGUGUUAG